AGGGUUUAAAGGCAUUUCUCAUUUUCCCUCUGGUAGAAAAACCCUAAUUGCUUCUGCUAAAAUCAAAUCAGGAAUGGUGUUCAGAAACUUAACCAUUUCUUACAAAAUCAUCAAAUCUCUGAAAAACCCUAGUUUAGGGCUUCAAAUCAGAUCGAUCUCGAGCUUGAAAGUGGUAUGGAAGAAAGACACGAGGCUAGACGAAGCCAUCGAGCAGGACAAGCGUUACAAGCUCUGUGCUCGGGUGGUUAAAGAAGUGCUGAACGAGCCAGGUCAAGUCAUUUCUCUCAGAUACCUCGAGAAACGCCGCGAGAGGUUACGACUCACUUCCAAAGCUAAGAGCUUUGUUGAGAUGAACCCUUCUCUGUUCGAGAUCUACUACGAUCGGAUCAAACCCAAGUCGGAUCUCGUUCAAUUCAUCCGCCCCACGCCUCGUCUCAGAGCUUUCCUCGACGAAGAACAGAGGAUUUACGCUGAGAAUGAGCCCUUGAUUGUUUCCAAGCUCUGCAAAUUGUUGAUGAUGGCUAAAGAUAAGGUUAUCAGUGCGGAUAAGCUGGUUCAUGUGAAGAGAGAUUUCGGAUUUCCGAAUGAUUUUCUGAUGAAAUUGGUUCAGAAAUACCCUAAUUAUUUCAGGCUAACUGGUUUACCUGAAGAAGGUAAGUCCUUUCUUGAGCUCGUCUCUUGGAACCCUGAUUUCGCCAAAUCGAAGAUUGAGCAGAGAGCAGAAGACGAAGCUCUUAAAACCGGUGUCCGGGUUCGACCCAAUUUCAAUGCGAAAUUGCCGUCUGGGUUUUUCCUAAGGAAGGAGAUGAGAGAGUGGACUAGGGAUUGGUUAGAGCAAGACUACAUAUCACCCUAUGAAGAUGUGUCUCAUUUAGACCAAGCUUCUAAGGAAAUGGAGAAACGAACUGUUGCAGUUGUGCACGAAUUGCUGUCUCUUUCGCUUUUGAAAAGAGUCCCUGUGCCGACACUUGGCAAGUUCUGCGAUGAAUUUCGGUUUUCAAACGCCUUCUCGAGUGUUUUCACUCGUCAUUCAGGUAUAUUCUACUUGUCACUAAAAGGAGGGAUCAAGACUGCAGUGUUGAGAGAAGCUUAUAAAGACGAUGAGCUUGUUGAUAGAGAUCCUUUGCUUGCUAUUAAGGAUAAGUUCCUGAGCUUAUUAGAGGAAGGAUGGCAAGAAAGGAAAGAUAGACUGAAACAGCAGAGGGAACAAGUUCAGAAAGAUAGGGAGUUGAUGUUAGCAACGAAAAGCAAUGAACCUAAAGAGCGUCUCUGUGAUUAACUAAUAAUCAAGCCUCUGUUUAUGUCCUCUGUUUUUUUCUCUAGGCAUAGUUCUUGGCCUGGUUUGGUCUUUAGGGUGGAUGGUUAAGUUUGUAAGUUUUGGCUAAUAAGAGAAAGAAGAAUCAAAUGUUAAUCACCCG